AUGACCGUCCGAAGAUCCGAAUCUCUCAUGCUCAUUGGCUCCACUUCAAGACAGUCAAGGACCGAUAAUAGCUCGACGCCGUUUUCCACACACAAGAUGAAGACAUCCAUUGCUUACAUCAUCGCCGCGGCCCUCUUCGGAGCUACGCAGGCUGCCAUCACCCCGAUGAACAACAUCAUUCGCCACGAGUACAACCUCAACGCCAGAGCCGGCGUUCACGGCAACAUUGAGAGAGACGAGCCUGCUAUUGCCCCCGAGGGCGAUGUUCUGCAGCCUAUCGUCUAA